AUGCACUCUCACAGAAAGCCUACAUCUCUGCUGCAGGCGGCUGCAGCAGUUAGCGGAUGGCUGAUCUCCGGAUGCAGCGCUUCAAUUGAAAAUCCCGGACUACUGCCAACUCCUCCCAUGGGGUUCAAUGACUGGGCGCGCUUCCAAUGUGUUAUCAAUGAAACCAUCUUCACAGAAACCGCCGACGCCAUGGUAUCUACGGGACUGCUUGCUGCGGGUUAUAACCGCAUCAACAUCGACGAUUGCUGGCAGGAAGACACCCGCACUGAACAAAAUACGUUAAUGUGGAAUACUACUAUCUUCCCUAACGGGCUACCCUGGCUGGCAAGUUAUUUGAAAGAGCGUGGCUUUCACUUUGGCAUCUACGAAGAUGCGGGAAAUGUCACCUGUGGUGGUUAUCCCGGCUCAUACGGCUACGAAGCCAUCGACGCAGAGACGUUCGCAUCAUGGGGGAUUGACUAUUUGAAAGUGGAUGGCUGCAAUGUCUCUCCUGCGACCGAAGCCGAGUAUCAUUCGAUCUAUUUGGCCUGGCAUGAAGCCUUUACCAACAUGUCUGACCCACUGAUCUUUUCCCAGUCAGCUCCUGCCUACUUUUCAAAAUGGAUCACUGGGUCGGAUAAUUUGACCGAUUGGUACACAACCAUGGAUUACGUGCCCUAUACUGGAGAACUUGCUAGGCACUCGUCUGACAUUAUGGUGUAUGCGUUGAACGAGACUUCAUGGGAUGGCGUCACUAGUCCAUGGGGUAGCGUUAUGCAAAAUUACGGCUACGAGAUCAAGCUCGCGCGUUAUCAGGUCCCCGGCUAUUUUAAUGACCCGGAUUUCCUGAUUGCAGACCAUCCUGCACUUUCCCUCGACGAGAAGCGGUCUCAAUUUGCUCUUUGGGCCUCUUUUUCAGCGCCACUUAUCAUUAGUGCUUGGAUUCCUGAGCUGCCAGAAGACGUGCUGUCGUACUUGAAAAACGCGGACCUGAUCGCCGUCGACCAGGAUAAGCUGGCCCAGCAAGCUACCUUGGUGAGCCGUGACGAUACAUUUGACGUGCUGACGAAGAGCUUGGAUAAUGGCGAUCGUUUGGUGACUGUUCUCAACACCGGUAACUAUACAGCUAGUACGAACAUUAGUGUCUCCCGCAUUGGUCUGGUAGAGGAAAUACUGGGCAUAAAGGUUGAAUAUACAGCCAAAGACCUAUGGACAGGCAAGAAUAUUGUUUUCAAAGACGAACUGGAGAUCACGGACUUGCCCAUGCAUGCGACUGCGGUCUAUCGAAUCUCCCUUUCGGCUAUACUCGCGGACCUUGUUAAACCAACUGGCCUCAUCUGGAACGAUGCUUCGUCAAACUGCCUCACUGCUGGUAGUGAUGGGCAAAUCGCCUUCGAUGCCUUCUCUGGAACAGAUGAGCAGGUCUGGCAAAUUGAGCCACUUGUGGGAACUGUCAGCCCGCUGUCUGAUACAAGUCUGUGUCUAACAGCGACAAACCAUCAGGCAAUCUUGGAGCCAUGCGCAGUUGUUCCUAUCAACCUGGCGCAGCAAUGGGAUUAUUCAGUUAGUGGAUACCUCAUGAACAGACUAACCAAGCAAUGUGUAACCGAGUCCACUCAAUCAAGCUUGGGUACAUGUCAAGACGAGAUUGAUAGUCAGGUAUGGGCGCUCCCUGUAGGCGUCAAGGUCAAUUGGUAG